UUGGAUAAGCUCCACAUGUCCAAAUUUGAAGUAAUAGGCUGUAGCGCGUUACGACGGGUUGAGAAAACGUUGUGCAAUGUGAAAUCAUCUAUAAAUGCAAAAAAUCUUGGAACUGAAUUUAAUUAUUAGUACAGCAACAAUCGGAUUAUCAUCAUCAGUAAUACGGCUAGGAAGUAGGUCACUGAGAACAUCCAUGGCUCCAUCUCAUAUUUUUCAAGAUCCUUGCUUUUGGCAACAUUUUCAGCGUCAAGUUAAAUCAAAGGCUUGGAAAUGCAAUUUUUCGCCUGAGAUUUUAAUUGAAAAUAUAGAUAAAGACUCAGCUCUUUACAAAGAUGACACCAUCCUGAAGAAAAGAAGGCAAGGACUCCAAAAAUGGAUUAAGAAUGACACUCAGUGGAUAAAAGUCAUCCUUGGAACUUGCAAAGAAAUAGCUAAUGGAGAAUUUGGUCACUAUUCUCAAACAUUAAAGAAAUUUCAUAUUUUGGAUGCUUUCAGGGAUUUUGUAGAUCACCUUAAUUGGUUUUAUAUAGUCGCAGCAAUAAUGGCUGAUAAAGGUCAAGAAGUACAUCCAAUUAGCCAGAACUCUUCCGAAGUACAUGAUAUUGACAAAUUAGACCCGAUAAUGCUGAUUGGCUAUUCAGAAAAAUUCGAAGAUGAUGCAGCUACUUCUGUUUGGAAUACAUGUGUCUACAGGCAUGUACAUUUUAACCCACAUCAUCAGGCUCAUAGUUUAUGGCAUGAAGAAUCCCAGGAGAAAGAGACGCAAGUUUUAAGAACUGAAGCACUUCGCGAAAUGGUUUGUGAUAAAGUCUCCAGGAACGUUCAAAAGACUCUUAUUGGCGAAAUCAGUGAUAAAAUGUGGAAAGUAGAUUUAACAUUUUUCAACGGAUUACCACAAGAAUGGAUAGAUUUAGCAGUGAAAAUGAUGGAUAAUCUGUCAUAAAAAUGUUCUUUGCCUGAUGUGUUGUAAAAUGUAAUUAAGUGAUUUCUUUUUAGAUAUGUCUGAAGUCUGAAGCCACUAUCAGUGUUUUAAAUACAGCAAUACACAUUUGUCUCAGGUCCGCAAUAUAUAAAAUAUAACAAAAUAUGACAUACAUGUUGUAUAAUAUAUAUAAUAUUAUAUAUAUAUAUUUAACAAAAAUAUGAAAUCAGUUCAGAAUAACUGCCAAAAUACAAAUAAAGUAUAUAAUUGAAUUAUUAUGUUUUUAUUAAUGUUUAUACGAAAGUCUUCAUUUAUUUAAUUAAAGAUUUCGAUUUUCUUUCAUUAUUUCCGUUUGCUCAUAUUAGAAUAUUUUUAAUUUAUAAUCGCUUGUAACUUGUAUUAAAGAUAUGAUUUGACUUCGAUAUUCUUGUUAAAUGCAACAAUUUGUUUUGCUUGUGUAUCAGAAUGUCCUCAUAAAAGAACUAGAUGAUGUAAUAAUGUCAUUAAAUUUACUCUAAAGUAUUGAAGGAAAUAAACUUAGAUAUUUUAAAAUAAAUGCUCUUGUGUAUUUAAAUAAUCUGACUAAUAUUCUACGUGUCUGAACCGUUCGACUGCUACGCGGCGCAAAAGCGCUGCGUUCAUUUGUCUCGAAAACCAAGCGCUGCGAGUUUCAGUGUGUCUUUAUUGCUUUAUAAUACGAAAGGAAUUAUUAAAAUUGAUUGAUAUUUGUCUAAAUGAGAGUAUUUUAUUUGACAACAUCAAGUCAAAAUAUGUCCGCAGUUUUCGUGCGUUCUUGCAAGAAUUGCUUAGCAGUCAAACGGUUAAAACAUGUUUUCGUGCAUUGUUUAACUAUUGUCAAUAAAUGCAAUAAAUUUAUUUUUAUAUUCUG